AUGGAGCGGCACCAGCGACCCGCCUGCUGCGCCGCGGUAGAGACCCCGGAGGAGCAGCCUUUUUUCACCGCUUCUGGAUUACAGGCAGAGGGACGAGCCUGUCCACCGGCUUGCGCACCUUGUCGAGAUUCUGGAGCCGGGACUUCGCCCCUGAACCCAGGGAAGGAGCAUCCGCAACGGCCGGGGAAGCUGGGGCAGGGGACGGUAUCGAUCUCUAUUGUUAUAUUGGUAGCCCAGCUUUCCUUAAAGGUUUGUGCUAGUGAGAAAUUCCUUGCUCUAAGUCUCACAGAAGCUGAUUUUCAGGGUCCUCAGGGCAAGGAGACUGGAAGAGUAAUGUCAAGCAACAAUGAGAUAUUAAUGGAGGAUGAAGUGAAUCACGGGGGAGGUCUUACUUCCUAUCACAGGAUUCCGACCUCAAGAAAGGAUGUAGCCAUUAGCUGGUUUGACCAGUUUAGCCUUUUUGGACACAAUGAAGAGGUUGUGUUUAACGUGAAGGGCCUAGAAGCUCAAGCAUCCUUGGAUCUCUUCAGAAAAGAGGUACAAGAUAAAAACCUGGCAUCACCUCUAAAGAAUUCAGAUGACAAAGAGCUAGAACAACCUAUUGUGAAGUGUGGUAGACUUCCUAAAGUAAUAAUUGCUGUAGCCAAGUUUUUGGCACCCAAGACAGUCACAUGUAUGGAGAGCACUAGAACGCUUAAUUGCAGAUUUAUGCACGAGCUAGAGAGCAACCCUGAGUUUCAUGGUCUGAGAGAUCUGUUUGGUUGGAUGCAUUCCUACUUCCGUACAUGCCCAGAUUUCCUAAGGCCAUCCACUAAUGUGCAAAGCCUGAGAAUGAUCCGAUGCCAAGUCAGUGCUUUCUUCCACGAAUACAUCAUCUCACGUCCAGACGAAGAGAAUAUUAUAUUUGCACUGGAGGUCUUUGCACUGAAGGGGCGUUGCCUUCCAACCACCCGGCGCACAGGACGCCACCUUGUAAUAGAGAGCAGCUGGGACAGAGACAGGAUUGUGUUUGAAAGCAUUGAUUUUUCACGUUUACGGUCAUUAACAGUGUUUGGGGAGUGGGAAUCAUUCUUCAUCUCUAAAAGUAUGAAGGUGCUUCGAGUGCUCGAUCUGGAGAAUGCAACAGGUGUGACAGAUAAAGAUCUCAAGCUAAUGGUGAAGCUUCUUCCUCGUCUCAAGUUUCUAUCUCUGCGAGGAAGCAGUGGGAUCCGCCAUCUGCCGAGUUCAUUGGGUGAGUUACGGCAGCUUGAGACUCUGGAUGUCAGGCAUACCUCCAUAGUUACCUUGCCAGCAUCUAUCACCAAGUUAAAGAAACUGCAGUACAUUCGUGCUGGCACAACUUUCCCAGCAGGGGAACCAUCAACACCAUGCAGAUCUCAUAAAUUAGUUGGUGUUGAGGUGCCAGUAGGUAUUGACAAGCUGACUGCUUUGCACACGCUUGGUGUUGUCAAUGCUGGUUUUGCAGGGGGCAAAGACUCCCUCAAAGAGCUCAAGAAGAUUACCCAAUUGCGCAAGCUUGGAGUGUUCGGUGUCAACAAGAAAAACUGCACGGAGUUCUGUGCUGCCAUUGCAUGCCGUGUCCGUCUGGAAUCCUUGUCAGUGUGGCUCAGCAAGGGCAAUGAAGAAUGUUUGGAUGACAUUUCCAUGCAUCUGGAGAAGCCUCUAGAGAAAAUUCAGCAGCAGCCCCAGGGGAAGGGUCUGGAGAAGCCUCAGCAUAAGGCCCAGGAGAAGCCUCAGCAGAAGACUCAGGGGAAACCUCUAGGGAACCUUCAGAGCCUUAAGCUACGAGGUCUUGUAAAACAAGUGCCAUCAUGGAUCAAAGAUCUUCUGAAACUCACAAAGUUGGAACUGGAGAUAACCAUGUCAGAAGAAGUUGAAGUAAUUAAUGUUCUUGGGGAAAUAAAAGAAUUAUGUAUUCUACGUCUUUGUGUCAAGCCUCUUCAAGAUGCUGAUGGCAAGCUUGAUUUUUGUGUCUGGGUGAAUGGAAUACAGCAGCGCUGCUAUUUAAACUUCAAGAUCCUCGAGAUUACUUGCAGCUCAAAGUUAAAUAUAUGCUUUGGAUCAGAAGCAAUGCAAAAUCUUGAGCUGCUGACAGCUCGCUGCUGUAGUGGGUCAACAUUGAAAUUUAUGGAGAUAAAGAAUCUCUCUAAACAAAAACUCAAGGAAGUCCGGCUUAUCAGUUCCCAUGACACUGCACUCAAGGAUGACAUUGAGAAGCAACUAGAGGAGCAUCCAAGGAAUCCUCCUUUGAAGCUGGAGGAACUGGAAGGACGCUGA